UUGCAAAACGGGCAAACUUACAUAAAAUAUUAUAUUUAUUAUAAAAAUAUCCAUCCCGGUUUGUGGCUCGGCAAUAAAAUGAUAAAUUUUCUUAAUUGUAAUUACCGUUUCAAAGAAUUAAAAAACUUCCAAAGCAUGAAACGAUUUGAAAAAUAAAAAUACAAUUUUCGUUCAAUUUGUGCGUGAAAGUAGCCCUGGAUUGUGUAGCCAGAACAAUUUUGCUUUCGCUCCAAAAUACAACGGUUUGUUUACAUCAGUUGCGCAGAGGAAUACCGUUUAGUUUUGGGGUUUGCUGCUGAAAACCAAUACGAUACAUUGGAAUUAUUAACGAUACUAGUAAAUACACCAGCAUUACCACAAUGUCUGAAACGGCGGCUCGAUUACAAUCCCACAACCAGGAAAUGGUCAAGUGCCUUAACCUGCUUCGCAGCCAGCAAACAGCGCUGGAGGAAAGGAUAGCAACGCAGGAAAAGAAAAAGGACACCCUCACCAAGGAAAUGGAGAAGCUGCAGCGCAUGCUGGAUCAGCUGGAAACUUCCAUCGCGGAGGAUACGAAAAAGUUGAACGAUUGUUCGAAACGGCUCGCCGAAACGGAACACGGUUACACAAAGGUCGUCGAUACACUGCAGCUGUUACUGCUGUCCGCCAAGGAGAAAGUGAGCACCACCAGCAUUACGCACGAUGAUACCAGCAAACACUCGAGUUAAUAUACACAAUUCCCGUUUAUGUUUUGAAUCCAA